AAAAAAAAAACCGUUCUUUGAAUAAAACCCACCUCCCAAUUCCCAUUCUCAACCUCAAAAUUCGCAUCCCACAUUCUCAAUUCCGAUUUCCCAAACAAACCUUUUGUUCAUUCUCAGCUGCCCAUUUCUCUUUCACUUGUCUCAGUUCUUCACACAUACAAAACCAACCAAAGCUUCAAACUUUUCCACAUUCCUUGUUUGUUUCCGGAUUCUGUGGAAUACCCAGUUCGUUUUUCAUAACCAAGAUCGUGUAUUUUGAUGCUGGUUGUGUGAUUGAAGUGAGUUUUGAUUUUGGGUUAAUGUAAAAAUUGGGGCUUUUUUGAUGAUCAGAGUGGUGAAACUGAUCUGGGGUUUGAUCAGUUGGGAAUGGAGAACAGUGGAGAAGCUCUAGAUGAUGAUGGCUCUGGAUGGUUUGAAGUGAAAAAGAAACACAGAAGUAGCUCAAAGUUGUCUCUACAGAGUUGGGUUGGGGGAAGUUCUGCAAAGAAUGCUAACUGUUCGAGUAGUCAUCCUUUAUCAAGUGAAAACAGUAGGAAUUAUUCUGGCAAACGCAGAUCCCAGCUUCCAAAGGUAAGGGAAAAUAGUGCUGUUCAAAGGCAGGGAAGUGAUGCAGGUUCCACUCCCAAGCCAGAUAAGAGUGAAACGGUUGUUCCCUGUGAUAUUGGCAUCAACAAGCAAGGUGCUAAAUGUCCAAUGUCACCUCCAUUUAUUACAAAUCCUGAUGGUGAAACUAGAGAUUCAGAGGAGAACCCUGCAAGUGAUAACUCUGAAGUGGUUCAUAAAAUUAAGUGGGGCGAUCUAGAGGAUGAGAGUUUGGCACUUCCUCAUACUAACCUUGUCGGCACCAGAAUCAAGUUUGGUGCUAUUGGAGAUGAAAAUCUGAUGGCCUCUAAAGAGCACGAGAAUUGUCAUAGUUUUGUUCCUUCCGCAAAUGCUCAAGAAAAAGAACUGCUUGCAGCAACUGCAGAUGCUAAUAUUGUUUCUCAUCAGACGGCUCCAGUGAAUACUAAUGAUCAAUUUUAUGAAGAUAACUGCAAGGAGGUGAAUGUUAUAUCUGCUGAAAAUGUUGUGGACCCGAUUCUGAAUGACAAAAUGGUUGAUGUGGAUAACAGUACUUUAAAUUGCAAGGAUGUACAUACUGAAAAAAUUGAAGCAGUCACUGAUGUUCCUGUAAGUGCUAGCACUUUAUCAGUGGGGAAAGUUGAAGCUCCAGUGGUUGUAACUGAGGUACGUGAUCCUGCAAUUUUUGAAGAAUCAGGACGUCAUGGCAGUUCAAGUGAAGUUCAUAUCUCCAAAGAUAAUGACUUAGAUACACCAGAGAGCGACCCUGAAAUUUGUGCAGAGCCUACGCUCACAGCAUCUGGACAUUAUAUAUCAAACUCAAAUAUGAGUGCCCUUGGAGAUUGUGACACAGGUGAAAGCAAAGAAAGGUUUAGGCAGCGACUUUGGUGCUAUCUCUUUGAGAAUCUUAACCGAGCUGUGGAUGAGCUUUAUCUUCUUUGUGAACUAGAGUGCGAUGUAGAGCAGAUGAAAGAGGCAAUUCUUGUUCUUGAAGAGGCUCGCUCUGAUUUCAGAGAUUUGAACACUAGAGUGGAAGAUUUUGAGAAAAUAAAAAAGGCACCAUCUCAGUUGAUUGAUGGGGUGCCCAUCACCUUGAAAAGUGACCAUCGGAGGCCACAUGCUCUUUCUUGGGAGGUUAGAAGAAUGACAACUUCCGCACACAAAGCAGAGAUACUGUCCUCAUCUCUUGAGGCUUUUAAGAAAAUUCAGAAAGAAAGAGCUAGUGCAGCAAAUGACGCUCAACUUAUGGGCCUUAAGUAUACAAAUAUCCAAUCUAGCGAUAACCUCAAUAAGUCACCUGCAAGAUAUGACGUGAAAUUCAAUUCUAAAGAAUCAACAAUGAAGUCAAGAAGACAUAGUGGAGGUUCAAAUCUUGUUGAAGCUGUCCUGAAUGGGAAUCAGAAUACUGAACCAAGCAGUUCGAGCAGAGUAAAGUUGGUACAAAAUGGGCGCCUCUCUCAGAAUUCAUCUGCCUUUGUUGUUAAUGCAUCUAGAUUGCCUCCUAGGGAUAAUUCUGCUGCUGGAAAAACUAAGAGAGAACAGUCUGGCUCUAUGUCUGAAUCCGAGAAGCUGCUUGCUAGGAAAGACAAACUGUCAACAGAAUGUGGUGUUGAAAAAAUUGCCAAGUUGACUGAUCAGUCCAAAAGGCAAAUUCCACUUUUGGAAAAAGAUAAAGAAAAGAGGAACUCAGCUCCAUGGAAAUCCAUGGAUGCUUGGAAGGAGAAGAGGAAUUGGGAGGAUGUUCUUUCAUCUCCUUCUCGUGUGUCUUCCAGGGUGUCACAUUCACCUGGCAUGAGGAGGAAAAGUGCUGAUCGUGCACGAAUGUUGCAUGAUAAACUAAUGUCCCCUGAGAAGAAGAAAAAAACUAGUUUGGAUCUGAAGAGAGAGGCAGAAGAAAAGCAUGCCCGUGCUAUGAGAAUCAGAAGCGAGCUAGAGAAUGAGAGAGCUCAGAAGCUUCAUCGUAGCUCUGAAAAGAUGAAUAGAGUUAAUGAAUUGCAGGCUGUCAAAAAUAUGAAGUUACGGGAGGGAAUGCAUGCUCGUCAUCAACGCAGUGAGUCUCGACAUGAAGCACAUCUAGCUCAACGAGUGAAGAGAGCUGGUGAUGAAAGCAUCAAAGUCAAAGAGGUUCAGUUCAUAACUUCCUUAAACGAAGAAAAUAAAAAGCUCAGUUUGCGCCAGAAGCAUCAUGAUUCAGAACUGAGGAGAGCUGAAAAACUUCAAGUGAUAAGAACUAAACAAAAAGAGGAUAUGGCGCGAGAAGAAGCUGUUUUAGAGCGGAGGAAACUCAUUGAAGCUGAAAAAUUGCAGCGUCUUGCUGAAACACAGCGGAGAAAGGAAGAGGCUCAAGUUAGAAGGGAGGAGGAACGUAAAGCAUCAAGUGCAGCACGUGAAGCAAGGGCCAUCGAACAACUUCGGAGGAAGGAGGAAAGAGCCAAAGCCCAGCAGGAGGAGGCUGAACUGCUGGCCCAGAAAUUGGCAGAGAGAUUGCGUGAAAGUGAGCAGCGCCGAAAAUUUUAUCUGGAGCAGAUACGAGAGAGAGCUUCUAUGGAUUUCAGGGAUCAAUCUUCACCUUUAUUGCGUCGAACUUUAAACAAGGACGUUCAGGGAAGAUCAUCAUCAAUUAACAAUGGUGAUGAUUAUCAAGUAAGCAGUUUCUCAGGCUUAGGAAGUAGCACUUUUGCGGAAAGCAAUAAUACAGCACAACAUUCAGUGAAGCGGAGGAUUAAAAAAAUUCGACAGAGACUUAUGGCUCUAAAAUAUGAAAUUCUUGAGCCUCCUGUUGGUGCUGAAAAUGCUGGCAUUGGAUACAGAACGGCACUGGGAACUGCAAGGGCAAAGAUUGGGAGAUGGCUUCAAGAACUUCAAAGACUCCGACAAGCAAGAAAAGAAGGAGCUGCAAGCAUUGGGUUAAUAACAGCUGAAAUGAUCAAGUAUUUGGAGGGAAAGGAGCUGGAACUGCAGGCUUCCCGGCAAGCUGGUCUGAUUGAUUUUAUAGCAUCUGCCCUGCCUGCUUCUCAUACAUCAAAACCUGAAGCCUGUCAGGUGACAAUACAUCUUUUAAAACUCUUGAGGGUGGUGUUAUCUCUCCCUACAAACAGGAGUUAUUUUCUUGCACAAAAUCUCUUGCCCCCGAUCAUCCCAAUGCUGUCUGCUUCCCUUGAGAGCUACAUAAAGAUAGCAGUAUCCUUGAAUCCUUCUGGUAAUGUUAACUUCCCAUCUACCAAAACCUCAGCUGAAAAUUUUGAAUCAAUAUCUGAGGUCUUGGAUGGUUAUUUAUGGACUGUAACAACAAUUCUCAGCCACAUAAGUUCUGAUGAACGACAGCUUCAAAUGAGGGAUAGUUUGUUGGAGCUGCUGAUUUCCUACCAAGUUAUUCAGCGGCUGCGAGAUCUGUUUGCCCUUUAUGAUCGACCCCAGGUGGAAGGGUCACCAUUUCCAUCGUCAAUUAUCUUAAGUAUACGUUUGUUGGUUGUCUUAACUUCCAGGUCUGAAACUGAUUGUUCUAUUGAUUGGAAAUACGAACCUGUUGAAAUACUGCUUGGAAAUGGAAGUGAAGAGGCUAAGGUUGCUGAGUGUGAUAAUUCGGAAUAUCUUCCUCCAACUCUGACCUUGGAAGAUUUUAGACCUCCAUCAUCUUUGUUGAAUGGUGGUAAAUUUGUACAUCUACCAGAUGUACCAAAGGAUGGACCAGUAGAUGAGAUGUGUAAGAUAAAUGAAUCUGUGGAGUCAGUAUCUGCUGCUAAGGGUAGUGAGGAGCGUAAUAGUCUGGUUGAAGCAAACAAUGCUAACAAAGUCAAAACAGAUGUUCCAGAUGAACCCCAGAAGAUGGUGAAUGAUGAUAUCAUGGAGCCUUUUGCAUCAGUGGAGGAAGAGAAACACUUGGUGGAUAAUGGUGCAGAACAUAAGAAUGAUAACUGUGUGACCUUGCAGCAACCAGUAGCAUUUCUUCUAUCAGCUGUAUCAGAAACAGGGCUUGUCAGUCUCCCUUCUCUGUUGACAUCUGUGCUAUUACAGGCAAACAAUAGAUUGUCUUCUGAACAGGCCUCAGAUGCCCUCCCAUCUAAUUUUGAAGAUGUAGCAACUGGAGUGCUGAAGGUGUUGAACAAUUUGGCUCUUCUGGAUCUGAAGUUCAUGCAGAGAAUGCUAGCUAGGCCAGACCUAAAAAUGGAAUUUUUCCAUUUAAUGAGUUUCCUGCUUUCUCAUUGUACAAGCAAGUGGAAAGUAGCUAAUGAUCCGGUGGGGCUGCUUUUGCUUGAAUCUCUUUUGCUCCUUGGUCACUUUGCCCUGUUCCACCUUGGGAAUCAAGCUGUCCUUCGUUGGGGAAAGAGUCCUACCAUUAUUCACAAGGUAUGCGAUUUGCCAUUUGUGUUCUUCAGUGAUCCUGAGUUGAUGCCAGUCUUGGCUGGCACACUGGUUGCUGCCUGUUACGGGUGUGAGCAGAACAAGGGUGUGGUUCAGCAGGAAAUGAGUACAGAUAUGCUACUCUCCCUGUUGCGAUCUUGCAGAAACGUCUUACCAGCAGUUAGAUCCAAUUCUAAUGUGGACAGUUGCCCAGCAGAUGAUGUGCCCCUAAGAUCAUGCCGUAACAAUAACAAGAACUAUAGGGUUUCUUCCGGAAAGGGUGUUGCUUCUGGAAACAGCAUGAGAAAUGGCAAGAUGAGAAGCCAUAGGGAAAGUAAAAUGAUGAAGACUUAUGAAGAGUUGGCUCCGAAGCAGAUUCUUCCAUCGUCAGAAACUGCCUCUAUGAUGCUGCAUUGUAGAUUUCCUAUCAGCUUCAUUGAUAGAGCAGAAAAUUUCUUUUCUACUGAGAACCCUAGCAUCGUCGGAGUAUGACCUUAUGCAUGGUGAUCCCUCUCAUUUUGACUGGUAAUGUCUUCUUGGGUGGCGCGCAUGCUGAAUUCUUUUGGCGUUCUUGCUUUGCUUUCCAAGUUACAACAUUAAACUGUCACUCUGAAGCUUGCUUCGAAAUUGAAUCUGCAUCAGACUUAUGUGACUGUUGGAAUAACAGAAUAUAGACAUCUUGGUGAAGACGCCGUUCAUAUAGAGGUCAUAUCAAAGGUAUCUUUUGAAAUUUUAACUUCAUAGGAUACAUGUGGAAAAACAAUUGUUGUUGUACGUUAGAAUUGACAGAAUAAACUUAUGGAAAUUCCAUUUUUGGGAACCAGCAUUCUGCAGGACUGUUGUUACUGUUCUUGUAGACUUGUUGAGUGCAUGGAUGAUAAAAGGACAUUUUAGUUGUUUGACUGUAACACAAUAGCAUCUAUUAUUGCCUAUUUCUUGUAAUAGAAAAAAACCCAAAUGAGAAAUG